AUGCUUCAUUCCCAGCUCCCAUCCGCGCCGGCACAGUUAUCGCUCAAGCGCGUCCAGUUCGAGCCCACCCCUCUCAAAAGCCAGCCAAGCGCCGCCCACCCACCCCUUCUCUGGCCCUCGUCGGACCUCCUUUCCCUGUCCUCUUCCGCCACCACCUCGCUCGACCUCGACUCGAAGCCAAAGACGGGUGCCACGCACUUCACCCACCUCCAUUCGGGCACUGACCUCAACCACUUAGGUCUUUCCUCCUUGGCAACUACCCACGUCGUCACGUCAUUGGGCCUCGACUCAGCAGUCAUCACCAGCAGCGUCGACAGCAACGCCUUUGCCUCCUCCACCGACUCGACCUGUGAGUCUUCGCCGGCCAUGAGUGCAGGCAACAACUAUCACUUUGAGACGCCCUCGCUCCACCAGGUGUCUGCGCUCACUGCGCCUUUUGCCACCUCCUCGCCCGCCCUCCAAAGCGGCACAACGUCUCCGUCGCUCCACGAGCAGAGCUGGAAUCAAGCCAGCACGCGUGACCUCAAGAUGGAGCCCCACAGUCCCAACGACACCGCCUCGACCUUCCAAGCGCCCUACGCGCCCAAGAGUGCCACCGCGGCCAGCGUCUAUCAGGGCCACCCCACUCACCAAGCGCACUACAACGAGCACAACGAGUACCAGGGCUUUGGCACCCACCCGGGCGUGUCGCAAUACUUCCAGCACCGCGCGUCCAUCUCCGGCCCCUCGAUGGACACUACUUCGUAUGCUGAACGCUACGAGAACGCUGCCCCCACUGCGCCUGCGCCGCCUCGCGUGCACGGCCUAGCAGCGUGGGAGAAUGCCUCUGGCUCCGCGCGCCCGCACACAGCCGAUGGCAUGUUCGGCCAGUUUGGCAUGGUUGCACCCAGCAGCACGCAUGAGUCGCCGGACAACCCCUCGCUCACCCCGACCUCGUCCUCGCGACCGUACACCUCCACCUCGUAUGCCGGGAGCAGUGUCGAUCCGUACUACGCCAACCGUCGCAUGUCGAUGCCGGACCCCUCCGCCGGCAAAGUCUUCUCCUACAUGGUCCCGGGUGGCGAAGACCUCAACCUCGCCCCCCAGGGAUAUGGCAGCCACUACUUCGGCAACGGCUACCAUGCCGGCUCAAGCAAGAAACGCCCUCGCAGGCGAUACGACGAGAUCGAGCGUCUCUACCCCUGCUCCUGGCCUGGGUGCACAAAGAGCUACGGCACCCUCAACCACUUGAAUGCACACGUGGCGAUGCAGAAGCACGGCCCAAAGCGCGCACCAAGCGAGUUCAAAGACAUGCGCAAAGCAUGGCGAAAGCAGAAGAAGGAGGAUGAACAACGACGUUCCCGCCCCGGAACGACAGCUGCGGCUGAGUCGAGGGCCUCGUUCAGUGGGAACAGUGGAAAUUAUGCGAGUACUGGAGGAUCGACUGAGGGAGGAGUGUUGCCGACGAUGGGUCAGAGUCUCGCCCAUCUGAGGGGGUAUAGCAUGUCCGCCCCCCAGGGUCCGUUUUAUGUUGCUCAGGCUGAGGGCAUGCAUGCCAACGCGACUCCGGUGCAGUACGCCACGGCUGAACAGGGCGAUCCAAGACUCCCGUAUGGUGCUCAGCAACAGCAGUAUGGGAACUUGGGUGCUUAUCUUAGUGCUCACAGGGGCAGCGUAUAG